GUUAUUACCUGCUCUUCUGCAGUUUAAUCCAAAUAAUCUUACACAAUGUGAAGGUGUAGCUGUGGUUUACAAAUAUGUAAGCUACACACAAGAUUCUGGGAUGUAAAUUUUAAUACAUUAAAAAGUUCAGUUGUUCGGGUAAAUGCUUAUUUCUAAAGUUUAUCUCUGUAGAAAUGUUGUCAAUUUUCCACUGUUGAAUCUGUAUUUUGAAAGCAGCUUCUUUAUCUUACACUGUUGUUUCUUUAUUAGUUCAGAAUAUCGGAUGACAUUGGAAUAACAGAAGAUCUAUUCUCAGUAUUUAUCAUCUUUUGAAACUGAAAGAAAAUUCUAUACAAAUUCUAUAACACUUUCUAUAUAUAUGCUGUGAAUUUCUGUGAAAUAUUUGUUCUAAUCUGAUGUGAUUAGCAAAAGUUUUGCACAUCACUGUCUGCAGUGCCGAGAAGAUGAGUUUGUGUGCUUGGAUACAUUUACAUAAAUGUUAUUAGAGCAGGGAAACAAUGGAGAGAAAAUCAGGAGUGGAAGUAUUUGUGAGAUUAAACGAUAAGAAGAAAAACAAGAAAAGUAUAUUUACAUUGUGAUUUGAGAGAAAUAAUAAUGGAAAAGAGUGAGAAAAUUAUAGAAAUAGAUAGAGGAGAAAGACCGUAUCACUGUGAUGUCUGUGGUCAAUCAUUCUCUGCAAAUAGUCAAUUAAUUACUCACAAACGUAUCCAUACAGGGGAAAAGCCAUAUCACUGUGAUAUCUGUGGUAAAUCUUUCAUCCGCAAGCAUGACGUAACUAGACAUAAACGUAUUCAUACAGGGGAAAAGCGAUAUCACUGUGAUAUCUGUGGUAAAUCAUUCUCUGGAAGUUCUGCCCUAACAAUACACUUACGUAUUCAUACUGAGGAGAAGCCAUAUCACAGUGAUAUCUGUGGUAAAUCAUUCUCUGGAAGUACUGCCCUAACAAUACACUUACGUAUUCAUACUGAGGAGAAGCCAUAUCACAGUGAUAUCUGUGGUAAAUCUUUCUCUGGAAGUACUGCCCUAACAAUACACUUACGUAUUCAUACUGAGGAGAAGCCAUAUCACAGUGAUAUCUGUGGUAAAUCAUUCUCUGGAAGUUCUGCCCUAACAAUACACUUACGUAUUCAUACUGAGGAGAAGCCAUAUCACAGUGAUAUCUGUGGUAAAUCUUUCUCUGGAAGUACUGCCCUAACAAUACACUUACGUAUUCAUACUGAGGAGAAGCCAUAUCACAGUGAUAUCUGUGGUAAAUCAUUCUCUGGAAGUUCUGCCCUAACAAUACACUUACGUAUUCAUACUGGGGAGAAGCCAUAUGACUGUGAUAUCUGUGGUAAAUCUUUCAUCCGUAAUAAUGACGUAACUAGACAUAAACGUAUCCAUACAGGGGGAAAGCCAUAUCACUGUGAUAUCUGUGGUAAAUCUUUCUCUGGAAGUACUGCCCUAACAAUACACAUACGUAUUCAUACAGGAGAGAAGCCAUAUCACUGUAAUGUCUGUGACAAAUCAUUUUCUCAAAAUUCUGACUUAAAUAAGCACAUUCGUAUUCCUACUGGGGAGAAGCCAUAUCACUGUGAUAUCUGUGGUAAAUCUUUCUUUGAAAAUGGUAAAUUAACUGCACACAGGCAUAUUCAUACAGGAGAGAAGCCAUAUCAUUGUGAUAUCUGUGGUAAAUCUUUCUUUGAAAAUGGUAAAUUAACUAAACACAAACGUAUUCAUACAGGAGAGAAGCCAUAUCAUUGUGAUAUCUGUGGUAAAUCUUUCAUCCGCAAUAAUGACGUAACUAGACAUAAACGUAUUCAUACAGGAGAGAAACCUUAUCAUUGUGAUAUCUGUGGUAAAUCAUUCACUAAAUGUAGUAAUUUAACUGCACACAAACGUACUCAUACAGGAGAGAAGCCAUAUCAUUGUGAUAUCUGUGGUAAAUCAUUCUCAGAAUUUGGUCACUUAAGUAACCAUAAACGUACUCAUACAGGAGAGAAACCAUAUCACUGUGAUAUUUGUGGUAAAUCAUUCUCUAGAAGUAGUCUCUUGACUACGCAUAAAUGUAUUCAUGCACGAGAAAGACCAUAUCACUGUGAUAUCUGUGGUAAAUAUUUUUCUGAAUCUGGUCACUUGACUAAACAUAAACGUACUCAUACAGGAGAGAAACCAUAUCACUGUGACAUCUGCAGUAAAUCAUUCUCUAGGAAUGAUGGUCUCACUAAUCAUAAACGUAUUCAUAUGGGUCUGAAGCCAUAUCACUGUGAUGUCUGUGGUAAAUCAUUCUCACAGUCUGGUAACUUAACUAAACACAAACGGACCCAUACAGGGGAUUAACUAUAUCAGUGUGUUGGAUAUUUUUCUGAAAAUACUCAUUUAACUAAAUCUAAGCACAUUCAUACAGAGAAGCUUUUAUGACUGAUAUCUGUAGUGAAUCCUU